UGAAGCCUAGCGCCUGCACAACGGUCAUUAGGGUUGGAAGUCGCCUCUAAAUUAAGAGGGAGAAUUCCUUAUAACUCAAAUUAGAGAUUAAAGCACACUACGAGUGUAUACAUUCGUUUUUUUAUUAGGGAAAUGUUGCUCUGAAUCCUUGGAUCAAGAGCCACAGCCAAACAAAGCGAGAAUUGUAAAGUUGGCGGGAAGCAGCAGCCAAUUAAAGCCUUUAAUUUAAGCUAUGACGUCACAGACUCGACAGCCAAGACCUAGCAGCCAAUCAAGAGUCGUGACGUCACUGUUGAGGAUGCAUACGUCAGGGUUGAUCAACCAAUGAGAGUGCUCAGAGGCUCCUACGUCAUCGUCUGGUGGUGGUGCAUAAAUCCACGUAAAUUGGCGCCUCAGUCAUGCGCCGAUGACGUUGGUGUGUGCGUCCCUCUGGGGGAGAUUGCUCCAAGUCUUUGGAUCAAGAGCCCAUCACCAGCCAGGGGUAUGCAUGUAACCCCUCUGGCCACAGCCACUCAAAACGCAAAUUACAAAGUUGGCGGGAAGCAGAAGCCAAUUACAGCCUAGAUUUAACCUAUGACGUCACGGGCUCGAGCACCAAGACCCAGCAGCCAAUCAGCAGUCGUGACGUCACUUGUUCAUCUACUCGUCACCGUUUUUGAGCCAGUCAGAGCGCUCAGAGGCUCCUAAGGUAAGGUAGCUCCAAAUCCUUGGAUCAAGAGUCCAUCACCAGGAUGUCACCGCUCUCUUCACAUUCAAUCAAAACUCAAGUUGGCGGGAAGCAGCAGCCAAUUACAGCCUAGAUUUAGCCUAUGACGUCACGGGCUCGAGCGCCAAGACCUAGCAGUCGUGACGUCACUGUUGAUCAGCCAAUGAGAGCGCUCAGAUACCCCUACAUCACAGUCUGGUGGUGGUGCGGGGGUGAGGGUGCGCGCUCCUCUGUUGAAGCAGACGAUGAGUUCAGUAACUUAGCCUUUAUGAAAUCUGAACUUCACAACCCCAGCAAGAUGUUUGAACUUCUCAACCCCAGCAAGAUGUUUGAACUUCUCAACCCAGCAAGAUGUUUGAACUUCUCAACCCCAGAAAGAGGUUUGAACUUCUCAACCCCAGCAAGAUAUUUGAACUUUUCAACCCCAGCAAGAUGUUUGAACUUCUCAACCCAGCAAGAUGUUUGAACUUCUCAACCCCAGCAAGAGGUUUGAACUUCUCAACCCCAGCAAGAUGUUUGAACUUCUCAACCCCAGCAAGAUAUUUGAACUUCUCAACCCUUGGAUGAUUUCAGCAGUAACCUCAUAACACUUAUAUUGGGCAAGUAGUUAGUUAAACCAGGACAACUAACAUGAAGUAAGUUAAUAUUUCUUCGUGUAUUCCUUGUUGUGUACUUUACCUUCUGUAAUAUUUAUUUUAUAUUAAACUGGUGUUUAUAAGAUUUAUAUUUAGGGAACAUGUUUGUUUAAUAAGAGGUGUGAGUGUUGCUCAUACCUGGGUGCUGCUCAUACCAGCAUGCUACACCUGGGUGCUGUUCAUACCAGCAUGCUACACCUGGGUGCUGCUCAUACCAGCAUGCUACACCUGGGUGCUGCUCAUACCAGCAUGCUACACCUGGGUGCUGUUCAUACCAGCAUGCUACACCUUGGUGCUGCUCAUACCAGCAUGCUACACCUGGGUGCUGCUCAUACCAGCAUGCUACACCUGGGUGCUGCUCAUACCAGCAUGCUACACCUGGGUGCUGCUCAUACCAGCAUGCUACACCUGGGUGCUGCUCAUACCUGGGCUGUUUAUACCUGGGUGCUGCUCAUACCCAGGUGCUACACCUGGGUGCUGCUCAUACCUGGGCUGUUGAUACCUGGGUGCUGCUCACACCUAGGUGCAGUUCAUACCUAGGUGCUCACACCUGGGCUGUUUAUACCUGGGGGCUGCUGUCAGCCUAGGUAGCACUUGGGCUAUCAGCCUGGGUAGUGCUUGGGCUAUUGUCAGCCUGGGUAGCACUGGGGCACUAUCAGCCUGGGUAGCACUGGGGCACUAUCAGCCUGGGUAGCACUGGGGCACUAUCAGGUUGGGUAGCACUGGGGCACUAUCAGCCUGGGUAGCACUGGGGCACUAUCAGCCUGGGUAGCACUGGGGCACUAUCAGGUUGGGUAGCACUGGGGCACUAUCAGCCUGGGUAGCACUGGGGCACUAUCAGCCUGGGUAGCACUGGGGCACUAUCAGGUUGGGUAGCACUGGGGCACUAUCAGCCUGGGUAGCACUGGGGCACUAUCAGGUUGGGUAGCACUGGGGCACUAUCAGCCUGGGUAGCACUGGGGCACUAUCAGCCUGAGGCUACUGUCACCCUAGGUAGUACUGUCCUGCUUAAUGUAUGAAACUGCCUCUUGCAUUUAAACUGCCAACCAUAUUGUUUUAAACUUUUAUACUGCCCAGUGUUUUAUACCUUCUAAUGUUUUAUACCUUCUAAUGUUUUAUACCUUCUAAUGUUUUA